AUGGCUUACUUCCACUUCUUACUUUACCUUUUUCUUCUUAUCCUCACUGUUUCUGCUACAGACCAACAACGCCAAACCACAUUCAUUGUUCGAGUUCAGAACGACGCUAAACCUUCAAUAUUCCCGACUCAUAAACACUGGUACGACUCUACCCUCGCUGCUCUUUCCGACCGGAGUCUUCCUUCUUCUCGCAUUAUUCACACAUACGACACAGUAUUCCAUGGCUUUUCAGCUAAGCUUUCUGCUGUAGAGGCUUCCAAGCUUGAAUCUGCUUUUGGAGUUCUCUCGGUUAUUCCUGAACAAGUUCGUCAUCUUCAUACCACGCGUUCGCCGGAGUUUCUAGGGCUUAAGACGUCUGAUAGUGCAGGGUUGUUGAAGGAGUCGGAUUUCGGGUCCGAUCUGGUUAUAGGAGUUUUGGAUACUGGGAUUUGGCCUGAGAGGGAGAGUUUUAACGAUAGGGGGUUAGGUCCGGUGCCGGUUAAGUGGAAGGGAAGUUGUGUUGCCUCCGGAGGCUUCCCGGCGACGUCUUGUAACCGGAAGUUGAUCGGAGCUAAGUACUUCUCUGCCGGAUACGAAUCAACGAAUGGGAAAAUGAACGAAACGGUGGAGCAUCGGUCGCCGCGAGAUUCCGAUGGUCAUGGAACUCAUACGGCUUCAAUCGCCGCUGGUCGGUAUGUUUUUCCGGCGUCAACUCUCGGUUACGCCCGUGGUGUCGCUGCUGGAAUGGCGCCGAAAGCUCGUCUCGCUGCUUACAAGGUCAACGACGGCGUAGACGUUAUAUCCCUUAGUGUUGGUGGCGUCGUUGUGCCCUACUACCUCGAUGCAAUUGCAAUCGGUGCUUUUGGCGCCUCCGAUCACGGUGUUUUUGUCUCUGCUUCCGCCGGAAACGGUGGUCCUGGUGGGCUAACAGUCACAAACAUUGCACCAUGGGUUACUACCGUCGGAGCAGGAGCAAUUGACCGUGUUAGCGUCUACGGUGGCCCCGCAUUGGCGCACCACCGUCUCUACCCACUAAUUUACGCCGGGAACGAAGGUGGCGACGGUUACUCUGCAUCCUUAUGUCUAGAAGGCUCUCUAGACCCUAAUUCCGUACGAGGCAAAAUCGUCUUAUGCGACAGAGGAAUCAAUUCACGAGCUCAAAAAGGCGAAGUCGUUAAGAAAGCCGGCGGCAUGGGGAUGAUAUUAGCAAACGGCGUCUUCGAUGGUGAAGGUUUAGUCGCAGAUUGCCACGUAUUACCUGCUACCUCCGUCGGUGCAUCCUCCGGCGACGAGAUAAGACGUUACAUCACGUCAGCUUCAAAAUCCAAGUCUCCCCCAAAAGCCACAAUCAUCUUCAAAGGAACCAGAAUCAACGUCCGCCCUGCACCCGUCGUCGCGUCAUUCUCAGCCCGUGGACCAAACCCCGAGUCGCCGGAAAUUCUGAAACCAGACCUUAUCGCUCCAGGACUCAACAUUCUCGCAGCAUGGCCGGACAAAGUAGGCCCCUCCGGCCUCGCAUCAGACAACCGGAAAACAGAAUUCAACAUUUUAUCCGGCACAUCCAUGGCUUGCCCUCAUGUUUCCGGACUCGCCGCCCUGUUGAAGGCAGCCCACCCAGGAUGGAGCCCAGCUGCGAUAAAAUCGGCAUUGAUAACAACAGCUUACACACUCGACAAUCGUGGGGAAACGAUGAUAGAUGAAUCCACCGGAAACUCAUCCACAGUGAUGGAUUUUGGGGCUGGACACGUUCACCCACAAAAAGCCAUGGAUCCAGGAUUAGUCUACGACAUCAGUUCAUACGAUUACAUUGAUUUCCUCUGUAAUUCCAAUUACACAACCAAAAACAUCCAAGUGAUUACCAGGAAGCACGCCGAUUGCAGUCGGGCAAAAAAAGCAGGACACACCGGAAACCUUAAUUUUCCGUCAAUGACAGCUGUGUUCCAACUAUACGGGAAGCGGAAAAUGUCGACACAUUUCAUCAGAACAGUGACGAAUGUGGGUGAAGCAAAAUCUGUUUACACUGUGGGCAUAAAGCCACCGAGAGGGAUGAACGUGACAGUGGAGCCGAUGAAGCUUGCUUUCAGGAGGGAGGGGCAGAAACUGAACUUUUUGGUUAGGGUGAAAGUGGUGGCGAUGAAACUGUCCGCCGGAAGUUCCAUUACAAAGAGUGGGUCGAUAGAGUGGUCGGACGGGAAGCAUGUUGUUAGGAGUCCGCUGGUUGUGACAAUGCAAGAACCCCUGUGA